AUGAAAGAAGAAGCCAUUGGCGUGAAAAGAGAAACAGAGUAUUCUCUAAUGGAAUACAAUGGAGACAUGGCCCUAAUAGAUGAACACCAGACAGCUUCUACUAGCACAGACCAUCAACAGUGUGCCACAUCUGAAAAGAGGUUCGAAGCAGAACAGCACCAGAGAACCCAUGCACCAGGAACCCCAUUCAAAUGUGACACAUGUGGAAAAGGAUUUACACAUAAGGGUGAUCUCAUCAAGCAUCAGAGAACCCAUACUGGAGAAAGGCCUUACCAGUGUGCUACAUGUGGAAAAGGCUUCACAGAGAAAGGCAGCCUCAUCAGGCAUCAGAGGAUCCAUACUGGAGAACGGCCAUACCAGUGUGCUAUGUGUAGAAAAGGAUUCAUGUGGAAAUGUGAUCUCAUCACCCAUCAGAGAAUCCAUACUGGAAAAAGGCCUUACCAGUGUGCUACAUGUGGAAAAGGAUUUACACAUAAGGGUCAUCUCAACCAGCAUCAGAGAAUCCAUACUGGAAAAAGGCCUUACCAGUGUGCUACAUGCGGAAAAGGCUUCAUACAGAACUGUAAUCUCAUUUCCCAUCAGAGGAUCCAUACUGGAGAACGGCCAUACCAGUGUGCUACAUGUGGAAAAGGAUUCAUACAGAACUGUGAUCUCAUUUCCCAUCAGAGAAUCCAUACAGGAGAAAGGCCUUACCAGUGCACUACAUGUGAAAAAGGCUUUACAUGCAGAAGUGCCCUGAAGACCCAUCAGAGAACCCACACUGGAGAAAGGCCUUAUCUAUGUACUACAUGUGAGAAAGGCUUCACAGUGAAAGGUGCCCUAAUCAUCCACCAGAGAAUCCAUACAGGAGAAAGGCCUUACCAGUGCACUACAUGUGGAAAAGGCUUCAUACAGAACUGUAGUCUCAUUUCCCAUCAGAGGAUCCAUACUGGAUAACGGCCAUACCAGUGUGCUACAUGUGGGAAAGGAUUUGGACGGAAAAUUUUUGUCUCAACAGGCACCAGAGAAUCCAUGCUGGAGAAGGUCCUCAGUAGUGUGCCAUGUGUGGACCAGGCUUUGCACUGAAAGGUGUCCUCAUCUGCCAUCAGAACAUCCUUCAGACAUAUCACUGAUUCUUGAGAAAGUGGCUAAAACAGGUUGCAAUCUUGAAAGAAAAAAACGAAGUGAAUUACAAAAUAAUAUGGUAUAUCCUCGUAGACAAAGGUCUUGGCUUUUCAGAAAUGCACAAGGCCAAUCUCCCCAUUUUCAUUUUUUUUCAGAAAUCAGGUUUUUCUCCGAUCAUACCUUGUUUUUUGUCAACACCGUCAGACACAAUUAAAAGCAAUAGAAAGUGUAUUGAUUUGGUUGCAUAUGUAUCUGGAGUUUUUAAGUGAUUGUGUGUGAUUUUUGGGUCACACAUACGCCUUUAAAUGUUGAAAAUUCACUUUCAUUCUAUUUUAAUACUGCUUCAUGUGUUCUAAUUUAAAAAUAUGUGCUGUCAGACAAUGCUUACUUAAUGCCUAAAUAGAUCAAACAUUUUUUUGUAA